UAGGUGAAUCACUGAGUACAACGAGUCAAUCACCUCAUACAUUUAAUAAAGUUCUUGCUCUGUAGAGUCUAAAUUAUUUUAGAAUAUAAAAACACAGCAUGGAGACAUGGAAAAACACCUCGAAGGUGAGGACUGAGAAGUGUGUAAGUAUUUGAGUAAGUGUAAAAAGCACCCGAUUCUUUUAUUCCGCCGCGAGGGAUUGACCACCAUGGUUAACAGGAAAUGAGAAAGUGGCUUCCAUAAUUCAAUGAUUUUCGAGCUGCAAAUUAAACUCCCAUGGCUCCUCCUCAAGUUUCCCACGUCUUCCUCAACUUCAGAGGCGAUGAAACUCGCUACGGUUUCACUGGCUAUCUCCACAAAGCUUUUUGUGAAAAGGAAAUCCACACCUUCAUGGAUCUCGAGGAUCUUGUUAGUGGCAAGAAAAUCCAGCAAACAUUUGCUCGGGCAUCGAGCAGCUAAUUUUACUGGCUUUGUUUUCGAAGGGAAUAAAUAUGAACACGAGUUUAUUGGGAAGAUCGUUGAAGUAGUGUCAAGGGAGAUUAAAUGUGUCUCUUUACAUGCUGAUUAUCCAAUUGGAUUAGAGUCUCAGGUGUCAGAAGUAAAGUCGCUUUUAUUCUCCGAUGGCUAUGAUGGUGUCCACAUGGUAGGGAUUUAUGGAAAUGGUGGAUCAGGCAAAACAACUAUAGCUCAUGCAAUUUAUCAUUUGAUUGCUAAUGGUUUUGAAAGUAUAUGUUUUCUUGAAAAUGUGAGAGAAAAUUCAUAUAAGCAUGGUUUAGUACAUCUUCAAAACAUACUUCUUUCCAACAUUUUUGAAAGGAAGAAUCUCAAAUCAAGAAACAUUGAACAUGGAAUUUCAACAAUACAGCACUGGCUCCAACAAAAGAAGAAGACCCUUUUGAUUCUAGAUGAUGUUGACAAGAUAGAACAAUUACAAGCUCUUGCUGGAAAACCUGAUUGGUUUGGCCGUGGAACUAGAGUCAUCGUUACAACCCGGGACAAACAUUUACUAGAAAGCCAUGGGAUUGAAAGAAUAUAUGUGAUGGAGAAUUCAAAUUCGGAGUCAAAUAUCAGUGCAUCAGCUGGAAAGGACAACAGAGAACAACUGGGUGAAAAAAGCACUUUCGGUGAUCAAGUCAAUGGUUCGUUGGAGCCCCUAGUUUCUGAAAAUAUUAGUCUUGAAAGGAGAAAACAAGCUUCUGUUAUUCAAGCGGAAUCAAAGACACAGUUGCUAAGAGCCUAAGAGAAAAAGAGAAGUGUUUGACAGUGUAAAAAUUGAAAGGGCUAAUUUGCAGAACCAUGUGCAAGUCAUUGGAGGGCGUUAGCAUUAUUCAGGUUCAUGUUAACUAAAAUAGGGUGGUUAUUAAAGUGUAUUUGUAGAAGCAUAUCCUGUACUAUAUUUACGAUUAUUGAGUUUCA